AUGGGAGCUGAGGCAGCAGUUGCUGUUCAGCCAGGGGCUGGAUUGUGGAUCAUGGCAUCGAUCCUGCUCUUUGGUUUGAUAUUCUCGGUGUCUGCAACAGCUCCUGAAGUCUGGAUGCAAAGUGCCCCUCCAGGUUUGUUGAAGACUGAAUGCCGCGACAGUGUCUUUUGGGUUGGACUGAAUAAGGAUUUUCUUGCCGGGAAGUUCUGGCAGAUCAGCGUUGUUGAUCCUGCUGGUAAAAUCUAUCUCGUUACACCAAGGUUGGCUUCACAAUGUGGGUACACCAUUACAGUGGAUUUGUGGAAUAAUGUUGAAUUCCGUGCCUCUAUCCUCAGCUGCUGUGUACAUAUUGUGAAUGAUGAACAGUUCAACCUCACUGUACAAAUACAUGUAGGAACCAACAGGAUAAUGGCUUCAACAUAUGUUCAAACUCUUUCAUGUAUGUAUUCGCCAUGGGCUGCAAGGGAAAUCUUCUGUGAAGAAAACUACAUGCAGGUUUCAGUACAAAGAAAGAUACCACCAAUUGAAGAUGAUUAUGCACAUGAUUCUCAGGACUGGUCUCUAAUUCUUCCAGAAGCAAGUAGUGCAGAAAGUGGAAUAUGGCAAGUGGUAUUCCAUAUAUCUGGUGACAAAAGGACUAUGACUGUCAAAGAAGCACAUCAGAUGAAUUAUGGAAUCAAUAGUACAAUGUCUCGCAUAUUGCUUCGUGCUCCAUAUCAUACAAAUGAGGCUCAAACUGUUUUGGUCCAUGGUGUGCCCUUGUCAGUGAUACGAUCAAGUACUUUUUAUAAACAGCACUGGAUGAUUCUUGUUGUUGACACUGCUGUGGCUUGUCCUCUGGAUGGUACUUCAUUCACUGAUGACCUAAUCAUCUGGACAGUGCCAAGAAUCUUCACUCCAAUCGUCACCAGUGCAGUUCAUCAGGACAACACCUCCAUGGGAGUAAAUGGGAUCAAGUUGAAUUCCACAACGAUGGGAGAAAGAAACUAUACCAUUGAUAAAAAUGAUACAGCCCUUGCUAUAAGGGUCCCCAUUGGAGCACAGGAUGGAUAUUACAAGAGCCAUGUGGUGGAUGGACAGUAUGGUAUAAAGUACAGCAUCAAUUUGUUUUUGGAGCAUCUGUGGGAAGAUGAAGCAUGGGGACUGAAUAAAAUCAACGUGAUCCACCCAGUUACUACACCCUUUAUACCUCAGCCCUUGGUUCUCAUUGACGAUACCAUUCCUGAGCAAUGGCUGUUCAAUGUCUCACUGGGCAACUUCCUUCCUGAUGUAGAACUCACCAAGCUCACUCUGGGCACACAGUCCUUCCCUGUGGAUGAAGAAACCCUGAGAUUUAAUGUGUACACUGGGACUAACCCAAAUGAGACCACCUUAAAUAGAAUCUUCAUCCUGGAGGUUCCCAUGGAGUCACCAGUCGUAGACAGAAAGUAUAUAGGUGAUGGUGUUGAACAAUAUACUCUUGAUGUCAUCUACACAAUGACUGUGGUUCCAGAAAAUCUAACGUUCACACAUCCAGCUCAUUUAAUACAUCAGCACACAAUAGUACUUCCUGUGGCAGAUGGCUUUUGUGAUGAAGAGAACGUGACCUUGGUGGUAACACAUGGAACGUCAGAUCGGUACUGGAUUCCUUUCAUUGGAAACGUGCAGCUCACCCCUCACUCUGCUGAGCAGAGAGGUUAUCACCUGAGCGAGAAUGAUACCCACUCAGUAAUAACCAUUCCACGUGAUGCAGCCGAAGUUGUUCAUGAGGCAAUAAAUGAGCAAGGUCUUCGCAACAGGUUUGAGUUCAAAUUCAGGGAUAAUGAAACCCUGGAAGUCCUGGUCAACUUUUCUGUUUCUUGCAGCUUUUCAAUAAGUGACUUGAUAACAUGCUUUCCAAGUGGAAGAAUUGUCGUCACUGUUCUGAAGCUGGAAGCAUUGUUGGGAGUGGAUGGGAAAAUGAUGCUGAAAGAUAAAACCUGUAGACCAAAGGAGAGGAGUGCCUCCAAGGUCACAUUUGAUUUUUCUGCAAAUACGUGUGGAACGAGUAGAAGGUUUGAGGAGGACUACAUGAUCUAUGAGAAUGAAGUGGCUUUCUUCAAAAAAUCAGCACCAGCUAGUGAUCCACUAUAUCGGCUUGCAGUAUCCUGUCAUUACCAUGUAAAUGAUACUCUGCAUCUUCAGUUUGAACAUCAAGUGAAUCCUCAGCCAACUGUUGUACCUGGAUAUGGACCCCUUGUCUUGGUAAUGGAACUUGCCAAAGAUGUGUCCUAUUCUGCCCUGUAUGAGGAAGGUGACUAUCCAGUUGUGAAGUAUCUGACUGAUCCUGUCUAUGUUGAAGUGCAGCUGCUACACAAUGAGGAUCCACAAAUUGAAUUGUUCCUGCAAGACUGUUGGGCAACUGCGUCACCGGCCAGACGUAGCAUUCCACAGUGGCCUCUAAUUAUCAACAGCUGUGAGAACAAAGCUGACUUGUAUAGAACCACCUUCCACCCAGUAGCCAAGAGUGAGAGGGUUAAAUAUCCUGUUCACUUCAAAAGGUUUGAAGUCCAGAUGUUUACUUUCACCUUGGGCAAUUAUACUGAGGAACAGGUGUAUUUCCACUGCAGUGUAGCUUUGUGCAGGAAGGAUCCAGUAAAUAGAUUCCUGUGUCCAGGUCAAUGUGUACCAAGGAAACAACGACUAGGUGACAAUAACCUGUCCUCUUCCAGGGCAGUCCUGAUUGGAAGCUCAGCCAUAAUUGUUACUUUAAUGGUGCUUGGUGUCAUCAGUUGUAAGUGCCAAAUGAAAAAAUUGGACUAA